UGACAAUUCUGUCACCGCACGUCAGAACCACGGUGCUGCAGAGUGAAUACUGGGAAGGUUUCGUUUCCUUGACAGUGUGAAAACAAAAGACAUGCUGGUGCUCUUGGAGCCGUUACAGGAGACACAGGGCCAAUGGAAGGAUUCUUCGUGACAAUUUCAGAGGCAGCAUGUCUUGGAGUGAGCCUUGCUCUCUCAGGCUUCUCCUUCUACCUAUAUAAGAAGAGCCGAACAACAAUAGACAAACUCAACAAUGCUCCACGGUUAACCAUAGAUAAAAAACUCAAAGACAUCUUGAAAGUUACUCCAGGAGCGUGUCUACGGUAUGUCGUCAUUGAAGGUGGUGUAAAACCAGCUGGAAAGCCUCUCAUUAGUUGGUACAACAAAGAAAAUGUUGGUGUGCUGCGUAGAUUCAUGGUGAAAGAACACAGGCUGUUGUGGAACGGAUUUUUACGUACAUGGACAGAUAAUGAACGACUCUUGCACGAAAACAUAGAGGCGGUGCCCUUUUUAUUAGUGGGACUGGAUAAUACCGAAAUCAGAGUCUUGUCGCCUUUACAGGCCGCUGGGCUGGACAUGGAGGUCACAUAUGAGAAAUUUCACCAGGUCAGUCACAGUUUGGGUGACCUCAUGGGACAGUACUUUACUGGGGAGAAGCCAAAAGGUCAACUGGAGAUCGAGGAAAUGCUCAAAGUGGGGACAAAUCUUACAGGUGUAGGCGAAUUGAAUCUGGACACAGAUGGCACUCUGAGUCUCCGACCCCCUUCUAACGGUUCACAGUACUUCCUGACCCCAGCGGACUUUGACACCCUGCAAGGGGAGAAUGAAGACAUUGCUUUUUGGUGGAAAGUGUUGGCCAUUACUUCUGCUUUGGCAGGGGCAGCAAUCAUUUUCUGGGCCGGGUUACGCUACUACCGCCACCUUAAGGCUCUCAGGGAGCAGGAACGGGAAAGAAGGGAAUUUAACAGACUGCAAAAUAAUGUACCAGACCAGGACAACCUUCAAGACGUGGCCAUGUGUGUUAUUUGCCUCAGUCAGCCCCGUAACUGUGUCCUGUUGGACUGUGGACACGUGUGCUGCUGCCACACCUGCUACCAGGCUCUGCCACAGCAAUAUUGCCCUAUUUGUAGACAGAGGAUUGUAAGAGUGCUACCUCUAUAUCAAGUCUGACGUAUUUGUGGAAGCAGGUCACUUCAGUACAAGCUUCACGUCUAAAUGGCUUAACUUAUUAAAUUCAAAAUUAAAUGUGAGUCAUGUUGUGAAAACAUUUUGUCCGUAACGGAGAUUUGUUGUGGGAAAUAUGGGGAUAUAAAGCAAUUCGAAAAAAUGUGUAAACUUGUGCAAUACAGAUGUUUGUUUUGCUCAGUGCUCAUGUGCCUUAUUUUAGCAUUUUCUGCCGAGUGAUGGUACUUUAAAGUAAAUAGAGUGAUUAUUUUAUAGUGCUUUCCUACCCUACCUGAGCACUCAAAGCACUUUACACAACUUCUCUUAUUCACUGGUUCAAGCACUUUUUUGCUGUGAUUUUUCUACAUAGGUUCUUUCUACCUAACAGUUACAGUCAUUCGUACUCUGAUGGAUGAAUCAGAGGAACUUGGGGUUAGUAUCUUGCUCGGGGAUAUUUGGCAUGCAGACUGGAGCAGAGUUCAGACAGUUUAAUUUCCAUUCUUGUUUGUAUCGGAAAUUUACUGAAACACAAAUAAAUCUAAUGUCGAGAAGUUUUACCCUUAAAGUGUAUUUAAGUGUAUUUAACACAUAUUUGAGAAUCCGUAGUGUCACUUUUAAUGUGUGCAUGCACACUCAUAGCGUGUACACUCACACCCAGUUUAUUAUGUAUUAUGUUUGUUUGACUUCUCCUUAAUGCAAAUAUCUUAUCAGCUGAUCACAUGACAGACACUCAAUGCAUUUAGAUGUUCAUACAUGGCUGUACUGCUUGGAGCUGAUAGGAAGGCCAAAGUAACUUGUAAAACAACUCCUUAGAACCAAAUUAUACAGAAGAGCAUCUGAAUGGACACAUCCAACCUUGAAGCAGAUGGGCUACAGCAGCAGAAGACCACACUGGGUGCACCUUCUAUGAACAAAUAACAAGGAAGCAGGAAACAACUAAUGCAGGACAAGAGAAGGAAAAAGACUUAAUCUGAUGAGUUGUGAUAUUUGCUGCAACAUUCAGAUGGUAGGGUCAGAAUUUGGUGUAAACAACAUGAAAGCGUGGAUCCACCCUGCCUUAUAUCAGCUACUCAGGCUCCUGCUGAUGCUAUAAUUGUGUGGGGAAUAUAAAUCUGCAGCACCUGCAGGAUGCUCUCAUAUCAUUAGACCAAAAUCUCUAAGGAAUGUUUCCAGCACCGUGUUGAAUCUAUGCCAUGUAGAAUUAAAGUAGCUCUGAAGGCUAAAGGGGAUCCAAGUUAGUGCUACAGGAAAACUAAGAGUUAUUCCCCUUCGGUCAACCACAUGCUGAAUAAAGCCUCCUGUAGGAGUUUCCCAUUACAUAUUUCCACUUGAUCAAGUCGACUGAUUCAAAGCUCUGGGACACACAGGAUUAAGCUCAAGUAUGUACAGAUCACAUCGUCUUAUAUAAGACUUGGUGACCACCUGCUCAUCUUAAACAUCAGGAAAGUAGUUUUGUGUUGGCCUGAACAGGCACACAUUUCACAGAACUCUAAAGAUGGUAGGGGUUCAUGUUGGGUUUUCUAAAAACAUAAAUGCUUUUUGACAGCACCUGGUGUCUGAAAAGACUCGCAUAUAGUGAGUUAUCAAGCACACUACUUCUGUCAUCCCUAACCAACAGCGUCUGUGACACGCCACCUCCAACCUUUUUCUUUUUUCCCAAGCAUUGCCACAGAAAGACAAAUGUUAACAAGUGUGUGUUUGAGGUGGAAGACGGCAUGUGCAAGAUGAAAAGUGCAGCAUCAGGCUCGGGUCAAAGAAGAAACAGGGCAGGUGGAUCCCAUAAAUCUUCUUCAGUGGUCAUAAGCUGGACAAAUACAAAGCUCUCUCAGCAGAUGGCAGCUGUGGUUCAACAGGACCAGAUUAUUACUGCGACCUCUCAGGGCAUGGGGGGAAAAUGUUCUGUGUGUUUACUUCAAUGAAAACUUGUAUGUUGUUGUUAUAGAAGAUUGUCCAAAUAUGUGAGAGUUUUCAAAUUAGCACUG